UUUAUGCACUUUCCAACCUUUUUUUUUUUUAACGUGACACGAAAGUCGAUAAAAAUGCUCCUUUUGUUUUGAGCGCUCAGAAAACACGCACAUACACACACGCACAUACACAUACACAUACGCACACACACACUCGCUUUCCUUUUCGGCAGCCCGUGUGUCUGUGUGCGUUUUCUCGUUUCUUUUGCAUUAUUUUUUCCCCCCUUUUCUCCUUUUCCUUCCUUCCUUCUUUCCUUCCUUCCACCACCACACACACGCUCGGCAGUCAUGUGCCUUUACGCGGUCGCAGGCUGGUAGCAUCUCUGGAGCUCUUCUCAACAGGAACCUGCACUGGAGAAGAUAAACCAGGAUGGUAACACACUGUUUGUAACCAGCUUCACUUUCGACAAAGGCCACUGUAACCUCACUUUCUUCUCCUAAACAUUGACAACCAUUUCUCAGCCAUGUCUAACAUAAACAAUGCGCUCUGCAUUGAGAACGGACAGAACGCAGAUGUGUCUCUCUUACAAAAGGAUAAUCUUCAGGAUGGUGGAUUAAGCCAGCUUUUGGAUUAUAACGCAGAAAUGGAAAGGUACAGGUCUUUUGCAAACUUUUAUAAAACAAAUGGGGCAUUUCCACAGACUGCUAAGAUUGCCCGCAUCACAACGCCCAUUUUUCCCAGUGCUAGAAUUGGCAUGUCCCCUUGGAACUGCGAUAACGCCAUGCUCUGGGGAAGGAAAUCAGCGGCAAUAAACCCUAAUAGGACCAGCAUGCAUAGAAAUGACUCCCAGAGGCCGGGGAAGCCUGGCGUGCCGCCAGAGACGCUGCAAAUGGCAAAUAAUAAUUUCCUCUCUACCUUAUCCCCCGAACACUGCAGACCUUUAGCAGGAGAAUGCAUGAACAAGCUGAAAUGCGGCGCUGCUGAAGCAGAGAUAAUGAAUCUCCCAGAACGCGUUGGAACUUUUUCCGCUAUUCCGGCUUUAGGGGGCAUCUCAUUACCUCCCGGGGUCAUCGUCAUGACAGCCCUUCACUCCCCCGCAGCCUCAGCAGCCGUUACAGACAGUGCGUUUCAAAUUGCCAAUCUGGCAGACUGCCCACAGAAUAAUUCCUCAGCAUCCAGUGGAAACCCAGCGAAGAAGAAAAGGAAAAGGUGUGGGGUCUGUGCACCCUGCAGGCGGCUAAUCAACUGUGGUGUCUGCAGCAGUUGUCGGAACCGCAAAACGGGCCACCAGAUCUGCAAAUUUAGGAAAUGCGAAGAGCUGAAAAAGAAGCCAGGCUCAUCGCUGGAGAGGACGCCGGUCAACAACGGUGAAGCGUUUCGGUGGUUCUUUUAGAGAGGCGAGCCGUGGCCCCCCCAUCCAGCAGGAGGGCAGGUGGGACUCAUGACUCUCUGCCAGGACCACUUGAUGGGUUCACAGAGCCCAACACACCUGACGGAUAUGGAGAAACGGAGGGACAAAAAGUGGACUGACAAAAGAUAAAUGAAAACAUAAUGGUGUUGUUUUAACUCUGUAAUUUCCUUUUCUGUGUAAUUAUUGUACCUUUUGACAGUAUCAUGAUGUAUAUUUUUGGUGUCUAUGAAUGUGUUUUCAGUGUUGUGGCUGUAAGUUUUACAGCCAAUCCUAUGUAAAGGACUCAAACAGACAAUCAUACAAUCACACUGAAUCCGUCAAACAGAAAUGGCCACAAGGAUUGAAAUAUAACAAAUACAACACACUUUACUCUGGAGCAAUAACCUAUUCUGUUGAUUAUUCUUCCUUUUUUUCAUUUCUGGUGAUUUUUUUUUCUUAUCAAACUGAGUUAUCAGAGUUUUGUCUUUUAUUUCAUCUGGAAACCAUUUUGAAAUGCCAAACUAAUGUUAGGACCGUCACUGUCUGCAUGACGAGUCUGCUUGAGAAUGACAGCUGGAAGGACAACUGCUCCUUCUCCGUCUUUGAUGAACUUGUUCGCAAGUUUUCUCAUUUGAAUGGAUUCACUACACAGCGGGGCACAUUGUCUUGAGUGGUGAGUUUCAGUUCUUAAAAACCUAAUUAGGCAUCAUUUGACUGUGACAGCACCAGACAUUUAUGAGUCAGAAUGGUGUCUGGAGGUCAUACUUUCAAAGAUGAUCCAGUUUUUUUUUUUUUUUAUAUAAACUUAUGUAGGUGAUCAAAUGUUUUUUUUCUUUCUUCCUUUUGUCCUUUCUUUCAGUUUGAUGCACUAAAGGUUGUAACUGUCUAAAAGGUAGCGAGUAAUGCCAGUAAAAGGAACUGUAGGUUAUGUUGAAAAUCACUCAAAUUUAGAAUUAAUUACCGUACACUAUACAUAUUUAACAUAUCAGAUGUUGUUCUGGAGCUGAGGGAUAGUUUGGACUUGUCCCCUGCAGAGCAAAAAAACAACAGUCCUUUCUCCUACAAAGACAUUAACACAUUCCAAAAACAAAAUUAUUCAAUAAGUUACUCAUUGUCUUAAACCCUAUUGUUGCAUGUGUAAAUGUGUUUUGGUUUUAAAGAUUACUAAGAAUUUGUA